CGCGAGCGCCUCGGUUCCGUGCUCGGCGAACGUGCGGUACCGAAGGGACACUGGUCCGGUCGACCCGUGCCACCCCAGCUCCCCCUCCGCAGUUUAUCUCGAAAAGAACUGUACUGUUUUUGGACGGAUUUCCUUAAAAGCUUUUUUGUGCUAUUCUCCUGAAGCUUAUGGACUCCCACAGUAAAGUUUGUAGAUGGAUAAACUAAGAUCCCAAAGUAAACCAAUGAGGCCGAAACAGUUAUCUUUUCAUGACUGUACACCCAGAAUUCAUAUAGGUAUAAACUUGUUUAACAACUUUCUUAACAAAUCCUGUGGCGAGUAUGGUAACUUCUGGAAUUUCAAAAACAGUGGAACCUCUGGAGUAUUACAGGAGAUUUCUGAAAGAGAACUGCCGACCUGAUGGAAGAGAACUUGGUGAAUUCCGAACCACAACUGUUAACAUAGGUUCAAUUAGUACGGCAGAUGGAUCUGCUUUAGUUAAACUGGGAAAUACUACAGUAAUUUGUGGCAUUAAAGCGGAAUUUGCAGUACCACCAGCAGAUGCCCCUGAUAAAGGAUAUGUUGUUCCUAAUGUGGAUCUACCACCCCUGUGUUCUUCGAGAUUUCGGUCUGGACCUCCUGGAGAGGAGGCCCAGGUGGCUAGCCAGUUCAUUGCAGAUGUCAUUGAAAAUUCGCAGAUAAUUCAGAAAGAAGAUUUAUGUAUUUCUUCAGGAAAGCUCGCUUGGGUUCUAUACUGUGAUCUCAUUUGCCUUGACUAUGAUGGGAACAUUUUGGAUGCCUGCACAUUUGCUUUGUUAGCGGCUUUAAAAAAUGUACAGUUGCCUGAAGUCUCUAUAAAUGAAGAAACUGCUCUAGCAGAAGUUAAUUUAAAGAAGAAAAAUUACUUAAAUAUUAGAAAUCACCCAGUUGCAACUUCUUUUGCUGUGUUUGAUGACACUUUGCUAAUAGUUGACCCUACUGGAGAGGAGGAGCAUCUGGCAACAGGAACCUUAACAGUAGUAAUGGAUGAGGAAGGCAGGCUCUGUUGUCUUCAUAAACCAGGUGGAAGUGGACUGACUGGAGCUAAACUUCAGGACUGUAUGAGCCGAGCAGUUACAAGACACAAGGAAGUAAAAAAACUAAUGGAUGAAGUAAUUAAGAGUAUGAAAACCGAAUAAACAAUCACCACAUUUUCAAAACAGAUUUGUAAAAACUGUAUUUGUUAGACUGCACAAACUUUUUAUACUAAAUAAAUAUCAAACUACACUCUUCUGAAAGGAUGUU